AUGAACGUCAUCCACAACAUCAAGGCACAGGUCGAGGCCGUGUGCAGGCAGACUGUCUCCUGCGCCGACAUCCUCGCCGUGGCCGCCCGCGACUCCGUCGUCGCCUUGGGAGGGCCUUCGUGGACCGUUCCUCUCGGGAGGCGGGACUCGACGACGGCGAGCUUGUCUCUGGCCAACAGCGACCUUCCGCCGCCAUCCUUCGACGUGGCCAAUCUCACAUCCAACUUUGCUGCCAAGGGGCUUAGCGUGACUGACAUGGUCGCCCUCUCUGGCGCCCACACCAUCGGGCAGGCGCAGUGCCAGAACUUCCGAGAUAGGCUCUACAACGAGACCAACAUCGGUACGGCCUUCGCAACAUCUCUCAAGGCCAACUGCCCCCGGCCGACCGGGUCUGGCGAUAGCAGCCUGGCGCCGUUAGACACGACGACGCCCAACUCGUUCGACAAUGCAUACUACCGUAACUUGAUGUCACAGAAGGGGCUCCUGCACUAUGACCAGGUUCUGAUCAACGACGGAGGCACCGCGGGCCUAGUCCGGACAUACUCGUCGGGGUCGGCGCGGUUCAACAGGGACUUCAUGGGAGCCAUGGUGAGGAUGGGGAGCAUCAGUCCGCUCACCGGGAUGCAGGGGCAGGUCAGGCUCAGCUGCUCCCGGGUGAACUAA